CUGCUUGUAAACCUUUGAGGCCGUCCUAUUUGCUUCGCUGACCCUGUAUGACAGUUGACAAGGAAGUGGCAGGCGGAGCAAAGGUUUCUGCGCUGGUGAAGUGCAGGGCCAAAAAGGAGAAGCAGUUAUUUACUUUGUGUCACGGCAGAAUGUGCCGGGAUCAGAGGUUAGAGAAGGAGGAAGGUGUUAAAAAUUAAAAGUCAACACUUCUACAAUUAAAGUUAAGGAAAGGCUUUGCCACUUGUGUUGUUUUGGUCAACAGCUCUGGAAAAAAGAGCUCAACGGCACCUUGGGAUUACAAAAUAAUUGGACAGUCUAGUAGCAUGUGUACAGGAUAUUAAUCAAAAAUGAAGCUUAUAUCCUUUAAGGCUGACCGCCUGUUGCUGUGCGUCAUCUUCAAUCUGCUCUGGGUUGUCUCUGACGGCACCACAACAUCACCGACAAGCACUGGAAGCUCUUUAACUACAACCAGUUUAAUGACAACACCUAAACCAAAACCUCCAGAUCCUACAAAUUUCAAGUCAGUUGGACAGAAUGAGAGUAGCAUAUCCCUGGAGUGGAGCAAAGUCGAAGACAUCAGCACAUACAGGCUUGAGUAUGAAGGAAAUGUACGAGACGUUUCUGAACCUGAUGAUACCACUAUAUCCUACACACUCACUGGACUGAGCAGUGGGAACCGUUACAACAUCACUCUCUUUUCGGUGCGGGAUGGAGACCAAAGUAAUGGAAUAAGCAUCAUUGCAGUUACAGCUCCCACUGACACUGAACUCUUCACAAAUCAAACACAAAACGAGACCAGCAUAACUCUGACAUGGAAGCGUGUGGAGAACAUCUCCAACUAUAUACUUUUCAUAAAUGGGAAAGAAAAGAACAUCCCACAAGAAUCAAAAGAAUAUAUAGCACAUGUUGUCGAGGAUCUAACUUCUGGGACGAGGCAUGAAUUCAGUCUCUUUACUGUGUUUGUAAAUGUCCACAGCAGGGGAAACAACAUCACAGCCGUCACUGCUCCCACCAACGCGGAAAAGUUCACUCAUCUUAAUCAAACCGAGACCAGCAUAACUCUGACGUGGAUCUCAGAGAAAGACAUCUUCAACUAUAUCCUUCAGACAAAUGGGAAAGAGGAAAGCAUCCCAGAACAAUCAACAGGAUCUGUGAACCAUGUUGUCCCAAAUCUGACUCCUGGGACGAGAUAUCAGUUCAGACUCUUCACUGUGUUUGACGGUGUGCGAAGCACAGGAGACGACAUCAUAGCUGUCACUGCUCCCAACAACGUGGAAACGUUUGAUCAUAUUAAUCAAAACGAGACCAGCAUAACUCUGAAUUGGACCACAAAGAAUGACUUCAACUACACACUUGAGUUAGAUGGGAAACAGGAGAACUUCACACAACAAUCUACAGGAUCUAUAAAACAUGUUGUCAGGAAUCUGAUUAAUGGGACUGAAUAUGAAUUCAAGCUCUUCACUGUGUUCGAUUAUGCCAGAAGCAGUGGAAAAACCCUCACAGCUGUCACUGCCCCUGCUAAUGCUGCAGACUUCAUGAAUAAAACACAAAGCGAGAACAGCAUAACUCUGACGUGGACCCCAGUGAAUAAAUUCAACUACACACUUAUAGUAAAUGGGAAAGAGAAGGAGAACUUCACACAACCAUCAUCAGAUUUAAAAGAAUAUGUUGUUGGGGAUCUGACCUCUGGGACUGAGCAUGAAUUCCGCCUCUUCACUGUGUUUAAAUAUGCCAGAAGCAGUGGAGAGGACAUCACAGCUGUCACUGUUCCUUCAAAAUUGAAUUCAGUCAAGGUGACGGAACGCACUGAGAACAGCAUCAUCAUCCAAUGGAUCAGUCCAAAUGAAAAGUGGAGCUACGAAGUACAGAUUAACGGCAGUGAUGUGGCGUCGAGCUCAACCUCAGCAACCGUGACGGAUCUCCUCCCUGGAACAAAGUAUGUUCUGAGCGUGAUCAGUCAGUUCUCUGGAUUCAGCAGCGCUGCCUCCGAAACGAUCACAGUUACAAAAAUAAAUAGCACUGCAGCAAAAUGGGAAGUUACAAACUCCUCAAUAACAGCAACCAUCCAAGGAUUGUUCUCCAGGGGGACUGCUGUUCCAAAGAGUCAGAUCAGGGAAUCAGUCAAUGCCCAGAUUUCAGGGACAAACGUGUCCUUCUCUGGGCUCAUCCCGGGUGAAACCUAUGACAUAUCUCUGUUUUAUGAAAUAGAUCUCCUGCAAUACACCGACAGUCUAACACUGAUUCCUCCAACUCUCAGUCCUCAGUGCAAACACAGGGGUGGUUAUUCUGUCAGAGUUUUCUGGGAAGAGGUACCAGGCGUGUGGACCUCUGUGAAGAUUAACAUAGCUGGGAAUGAUCUCACAGUGCAAAAAAGUGAGACAGAACUCCAAAUAGAUCAACUUCAACCGGCUAAAACCUAUAAAGGAUCUUUGGUUUCCAUGUCUGGGAGUAGACAAUCUGAGCGGGUGGAGUUCUAUUGCUCCACUGAUCCAGCAGGAGUUAUUGCAGGGUCAGUGAUUGGUGUGCUGUGUUUCUUUGUGCUGGUGGUUCUGGUCUUAAUUUUUCUCAAAAAACCAGAGCUCAUCAGGAGAAAGAAGCCUUUCACUGAUGGAUCCAAACAGAUCAGCACAAAGGAAACGAAUAUUUCUUCGACUAAAUUCCCAGACCACUUUCAUCAGAUGAGUUUGGAUGAAAACCGGGGAUUUGGUCAAGAAUACGAGGACCUCUCUCCUGUUGGAAGAGAUCAGGCACGCAGGGCAGCUCUUCUACCUGACAACGCACCAAAAAACCGCUUCACCAACGUGUAUCCGUAUGACUGGUGUCGGGUUAAAUUAAACUCAUCUGGUCCCAGUGAGACUCUCAACUACAUUAAUGCCAGCUACUUGCCUGGCUACAAGAACAACAGAGAGUAUAUUGCCACACAAGGUCCCCUGCCUGGCACAGUUAAGGACUUUUGGAGAAUGAUCUGGGAGCAGAAAGUGAAACGCAUCGCCAUGGUAACCAACUGUGUGGAAGGAGGAAGGACCAAAUGUGAGCGAUACUGGCCUGAAAACGGAAACCCGGGCAUUUACGGAGAGAUUUCAGUCACUGUCAGGACUGAGAAGAAGGAGACCAACUGGACGCUGAGGGACUUUAUUGUGAAAAAUAUGAAGACUUCCGAGGAACGCACAGUGAAACAUUUCCACUUCACUGCUUGGCCUGAUCACGGCGUUCCUGAGAGCACGGAUGUCCUGAUCCAGUUCCGAGGCCUCAUAAGACAGCAUAUAGACAGCGAUGGCAGCAAUGCACCGACUGUCGUUCACUGCAGUGCUGGAGUGGGGAGGACAGGUACUCUCAUUGCUCUCGAUGUGCUGCUCCAGCAGCUAGACAAAGAGAAAGCGGUUGGUGUCAAAUACUUUGUAAAGAAGAUGAGGUUCAGCCGACCGUACAUGGUGCAGACAGAGUCGCAGUACGUCUUCCUGCACCAGUGCAUCAUGGACAGUCUGAUGUUCAACACUAACAACGAUGACAACUUUUACGAAAAUGUCGGAGCCGUCUACGUCAACGCCACUGCCCUGCGAGAGCUUUCGCAAGCACAGGACAAUCACAAAAACUAGUGUCUAACCUGCACUCAGACUUGAAUGCACUUAAAACUAUGACAAGCAAACGUUAUGUACCAAAUAUUACAUAUGUUGUUUACUGCAUGUGUUUAGAGAAUUUACAGAUUUUGUUUGAUAAGUGUAUAAUUUUAUUAUAAAGAAGCAAUUAUACUCAAUGUGAAAGGAAAUGUUUAAUUAUUAUAAAAUACCAAUAAAAUAUAAUAUAUUGUACAGUA